UGCCAACUGCUUUCGGAGGAAGUUAUAGCCAUCUUCUGCCCAGAUAGUCGUUCCACUGCGCAUGCAGUCAUGCAGAUCUGCCAACAGCACGCAAUUCCCUGCCUCACAGCUCAAUGGGACGCCACGUUGGGUACUAAUGCGGAGUUCAACGUGACUGUCAACCUCCAACCCACUGUGUCUGAUAUUGGGGACACAUUGGCUGCAUUUCUCCAGGAAGCGCAGGGUUGGGAUCAACUUGGCCUGAUAUACACCAAUGAAGACAGUAGGCAUUUCGUGAUUAAUACUCAGUGUCAAAAUUUAUUUCACUCUGGUGGAAAGUCUGAAUGGGUUAGGCCCUUUAAAGUGUUGAUAUCCACUUGA